GAAAAAGAAGAAGAAUAAAACUUUUACGCGCUCAAUAAGUGAGGUUAGGUUUUUUUCCUGUUUCGAAGCGUCAGAAGCGUCUUUUCUGUAAAACUUGUAAAGUGAAAAAGCGUCCUAAAAAAAAAUCAAAAGGAAGAACGGGAAGAACAAAGACGAAAAAAUGGAGGUACGUGAAGAAAUGGCAAUUUAUGAAGAAGCACCGGAAAUACCGAAACAGGCUAGAGAAUUUCUGGAUCUUCCGCUAGUAGAUUUGAUGCCCACGAUCGCACAAUAUCUCACACCUAGGGAUUUGUUUGCCCUGCGCAGCUGCUCUCGCUAUUGCAGGCAACUGGUUGAUGAUGUUGGAUUCGCACAUCUUGGGAUAGUGGAUCUUACAGAUUUUGGUUGUGGGUGGAACUGGUGGAACUCUGGUUCUAAUAAUGAAAUCGAUAUAUCUAGAAACACGUUGAAGCACAAUAUUAUGCUGGAGUGUCGCAAUGCCUGGAAAUUUAAGUGGAAUGAAGACUACCUUGUGGAUGAUAUUCUUUUCAAGUUUCUGGAAAACAAUCCUCUUCUGGAAGUAUUUAAAGUCGACUGUUGGGGCGCAGAUUUGGAACAAGCUCUUCAGCCGCUACUACACUGCAAGAAUCUUGUUGUACUGAACGUGAAAAGCAUCCUUCAUGUAGACGAUGAAUUCCUCCGUAGUCUGAGCCGAAACAAUAAUAAUCUAAAGGAAAUUGAUUUUGAAUUCAGCAAAGGCCUCACUCCUCAGGGAAUUAAAGAUUUCAUCUCUAAGCAACCACAUUUAACAAAGAUUGGCUUUCCGAUUAUUUCUGCAGAACAUCAAGAAGGACUGAUUGAAACUAUCAUUGAAUCUUGCAAAAAUUUGAAAACAAUUAAGCUCCAGUCUUGGGACAAUGAUAACCUUUAUCGGUUGUUAAUACGACUGGCGGAGUGUUGCAAGAAACUGAAAAAAAUUGACUUGAGAGAUGAGGACUAUAACUGGAAAGAAAAUGCAGCAUUAAUUGGCUACAUGUAUGGCAAAGGGAUUGACUUUAUUUGGAGCUACUUUUUGACCUUUCCGUCGAAUAUUGCAGAUUAUAUAAUGCUGCAUUCUGCACAUCGAUAAUAAAAGGACUUGAGGACUACAUACUUUGAAAGCUGAAGUCUAUGAUGUGUUAAAUAUCAAGAUUCUAUAAGAGGGAAGACGUUAAAAUGAAUUUGUCGCUACUGAAGAAAUCUAAAAACUAAUAAACUAAAAAUUAUUUUUUUUAUCUAAUUUUAACUGAAAAGAAUUUAAAAAAAACUAAGAACCAGAAUACAAGACUAUUUAAAUAAAAAUGAAAUAUUGAAUAAUGAAAUAAAUAUU